CAUAUACACUUACACACAUACAGAGGCAAACAUAAAUACAUCUAUAUAAACACUCCAGGCUCGACUUUAGUUAGUAUAGUAGAUGCGUGCGUGCCACAACAAAAUUGGAAAUGAUUUGUCCAAAAGACGUCCUGCAGUGGUUUAAGACUCUGGAGAGCUACAAUCGCAUCGAUACCAUGUGUUCAUUGUUCGAGGCAUGUUUGCCGUUCGAGCUGCGGUUUCUGGGCACAUGCCUCGAGGAUCUUGGCAGACGCGAUUCGCCCGAGUUGCGCGGCAUGGAGUUGCGCGCGAAUAAUCCGCAGGAUCUUGCUGCCGACAUGUACAACUGCCAGAAGGGAGAGCCGACUGAUAAAAAGAUACGCCGCAAAAUGGCGCUGUAUUUAGCACUGAUUCGCGCCUGUAAUCGCAAUUGUGUUAGCGAAAUUUUUCGCACCCUGGAAUGUUGGGGCGAACGCGAUUUCGCCUGCAUCAACGAUCAGGAUGCGUUUUUGGAACUGUUGCUCGUCUAUACAAUGGCGGCCAGGCAUCCGGUGUUCUCAUACCAUCAGAACACCAAAUGUGCUGAAAUUUUGGCCAAAAUCAAGGAAACACAAAUCAUCAACCAGCAGCAGCAGCAGCAGCAACAACAACAACAGCUGCUGCAACAGCCACAGCCGGCGCAGCAUCCACAACACUUGCUGCAUCAGCAGCAGCAGCAACAACAGCAGCAGCCGCAGCAACCACCACCACCGCCUUUUCAUCAUCCCAUGGUUCAAUUAAUGCAAACACAGCAGGUGGCAACGCCGAUGAUGUUUCCACAGCCUUGGACCAAGCUAAUGCCGCCGGGAUCUGAAGUCGACGGCAUGCAACAUCUGAUGCAAUCCAACAUCACCAUUCCAGCGGACACAAAUGCCAUAGCGGCGGCGAAUGCAUGGUCCAUGCGCAAUAUAUAUGCAGUGCCGCCGCCGCAGCAGCAGGGGCCACAGAGCCUGGAUCAUCAGGUGCCACCGCCACAAGCCAGCUCGCCGAUGCUAAGCAGUCAGCAGUCAUCGCCAUCGAGCAGUCGCACCACCAGCCCGCAGCGUGAUCGCGGCGGCAGCGUUCCAUUGCAACAGCAACAACAACAACAGCUACAAAUGCGCAGUUUGCCGCAGCGUUUGGCUGGCAGCGCUAAAAAUGCUCGUCGACCCUCCGUGGAGACAACACCACCACCGCCACCAACAUCAACGUCCGUGGACGCUAAUCUGACGACACAGCACGUCAAGCAUUUCGACGAGAAUAUCAGCGACGGCGGGGGCAACACCAGCGGCGCCAGCUUGUCCAGUAUUAUACGCAACGCAAGUUAUACCCGUGGGGCACAACAGCGUAUCAAUGCGAAUGCCUACAUGCCCCCCGCACACCAGCAGCAGCAACCGUCGCCGGUAAGUCAGGAAACACAGCAGCAGCAGCACUAUCAGAUGAACAACUACAUCAAGGCGAGCACACUUGCCCAGACGAUGCAUAAUAUGCAUAUAAGUGACGAUGGCAGCGCUGCGACGAGGAUAAUCAAUUCCAGUAAAAGUGCCGCAACGACCAGCAGCGAGUCGGGCUGCUCGAAUGGUUCCUGUGGAGAGACAACGCCACCGGAAACGCCAACGCCGCUGACCAAUCAUACAGUAGGCAUUGUGCCCAAUUAUCAUCAGCAGCAACAGCAACAGCAGCAGCAAAAACAUCAUCUUAGCAAGCAGCAACUGAGUCUGCAGCAUCGCUUAAAUGGACGCAAUGGUGUGGAGAAGAGCUAUCAGCAAAUAUAUACGACAAGCAAUCCAAGCGAUGCUCAGGCCUUGCAACAACAACAGCAGCAGCAGCAGCAAGCGCUGCUUAUUAGUCCAUCUGCAGUAACAGUGCCCACGACAACGGUGAUGCUGCAGCCACAGCAGCAGCAACAACAACAGCAGCAGCAACAGCAGCAGCAACAGCAGCAGCAACAACAGCAACAGCAACAACAACCGCCGACAGCUUACAAUGCAGCCACAUAUCCAUAUCAUACGGCAAGUGGGCGUGGUCCGCCUCCUACGUUGAUAAAGCCGCAUCAUGCGCCGCCGCCGGCACAUACGUUGCACGGCUCGUUUCGUUUUACCUUGCCGCCACAUAACGGUGAACUGAUGUAUCCGGCAUAUCAUGCCGGAUUGGCCUAUCCGCCCGUGCCCGUUACCGCCACGCCCACAGGGGCGCCCACAGCUGUGACGGCCGGGCAGAUUGGCCGCAACACGGCGCCCGUCGUCAGUACGAAUUCGGUUACAGUGCAAACGCAAACGCCUACGUCACAGCAACAACAGCAGCAGCAAUUGUUGGCAACAACAACGCCGUACAGUACGUUAAGUGUCUGUCCCAUAACUGGAGCGAGCAGUGCUGUGGCCCAGAAGAUCAUCUCCUGCUACAAUUGCGGCUCACAGACGCACACCGGUCGGGAGUGCCAGGAGGCGUCCAUGGAGGAUGUGACGCGCAGUGCCAACUACAAGCUGGACUACAGCCAGACAAACAGUGGCAGCAGCAUCGAUGGUCUUGUCGUGACCGAGGGACACAAGGAUGUGGGCAGCAUGCUCAAGAAUGUGCCAGCAACAACGCCAACGGCGGCAACAGCUGCAUUGACCAGCAUGGGCAAAUAGGCCAUGUAUAAUAAACAUAUAAUAUACAAAUAUCAUAUGUGUAUGAUAUACUACAUUUAUAUAUAAAUAAUUGAUACAUAAUUAACAUUUAUUAUAAUUAUUAACUACCUACACAAUUUAACAUUUAUAAACGUUUGUAAAAGUGCGGGAAAUCAAAUUUCACGCCUUAGCCACGUCUCUUAGUUGUUUAAGCCCAAUUUUUGCAAAAUUGCGUUAGCCAGAACAAGUCGCCUAUUAAAAAAAACAAAAUAAUUAACAAACCUUGCGCACCACAGGGGAAAUUUGCAGACAGUAACUGUAGUUAUAUAUAUAUAUAUACAUAUUAAUAUAUAAAAUAUUAUAUCUUUUGUGUAACGCGCCCCCUCCCAAAAAAUGAAUAUUUAUACCAUCUAAGUUGUAUGCAAAAAGAGCAAUAGACAAACAGAAAAACGAAGCAAAUAACAAUUUACAGAAGCAGCGGAUAAAUGUAGCAACUAUUAAAAUUUAAUGAAAUUUGUAAGGAUGAUUAAAAGAGAAAUAGCAAAAGGACUUCACGCAAUUCAAAUAGCGCAUCCGUAUUGCAAAAGAAAAAAAAUGCAAAUAAUUAUAUUGAGUGCGUAUUUGUAUGGAAAAACUAUAAUUUAAGGUAAAAACAAAACAAGAAUAAAUGCAAAAACAAGAAAGAUAAGCAAAAUAA